AUGGAGUCUCUGCUUGUUAUGGUACAACAUAGUGGAAGAUGGGUAGAGACAAAUAGAUAUGAUGAGUUUGAAGUUAUUGGACUCAUGAUACCACAAGAUUCAACAUAUUUAAAUCUACUGAAAGUAAUAUCAGAAGAACUGAAAUUUGAUUUAGAAAAACAGAAGGUUGAAGUCAAGUAUCAAGUCAAAAUUCAGUAUCCACCAUUAAAAAUCAUAGAUGAUUCUAGUUUCAAAUUUUACUUGGAGAUCAAGAAAAAAGAAUUGAAUUUUACCAUGUAUCCUCUGUGCAUAAUGGUGAGCAGUGAUACAACUCAGUUACAUAAGCAGAGUACAAGUAUUUCCACUGGUAUAUCAUAUUCCAGCUACAACAACAAUUUGCCAAAAUAUAUAAUGGACUGGGAUACAUCUAAGAUACAUCAUGCAGAUAGUGUUGAUACAAUUUCUGAAAUAAGACAGUACAGUCAGAUUUUGGUAAAAGACACCAUGGAAAACAUUAAUCAGAAAGAAAAAGAAAAGGAAAUAGAAGAGGCAAGUCAGCAAACAGUAUAUGCACCAGUAGAAGAUAUUGAGUUUACAGUUGGACAAUCCUUCAAAGAUAAAUCUGUUCUUCAAAAAUGUUUGCAAGUACAUUCACUCAGUCAUCAUUAUCAUCAGAAGGUUAUAAGAUCAUCUACUACAAGAAUGUUAGUUAGAUGUAUCAAUGUUACAUGUGAUUGGUAUCUGCAAGCAUCAAGUAAUGGAAAUACAAAUCAGUUUAUAGUUAGAAAACUCAACAUGAAGCACACAUGUCCAAUAGAGAGAAGAUUCAGUAUUCAGAGACAAGCUACAUCAUCACACAUUGCAGAAUCCAUCAAAUUGAGGUAUUUAAAUGUAAAAUCACAAUACACUCCCGUUGACAUAAAAAAUGAUUUGGAAAUUUCAAGAGGAAUCAAAGUCAACUAUAUGAUGGCAUGGAGGUCAAAGGAUAAGGCACUCGAAAUGAUAAGAGGAAACCCUUCUGAGUCAUACAAACUUAUGCCCAUUUUUUUGUAUAAACUCUUGACUACAAAUCCACAAUCUGCAAUAGACAUUCAGGUGAGAUCAGACCAAACUUUUUUGUAUGUUUUUAUUGCGUUAAAAGCUUCUAAUAAAGGGUGGCAACAUUGUAAACCGGUAAUUGUUGUGGAUGGCACAUUUUUAAAAGCGGCAUAUGGCGGCAUACUUCUUGUUGCAACAGCCCAAGAUGCAGCUGGAAAACUAUUUCCUCUUGCAUUUUCUGUUGUAGAUUCAGAAAAUGACGAAUCAUGGGAAUAUUUUAUCACUCAAAUCAGAGCAACAUUUGGCACAAGGGAAGGUAUCUGCUUUGUAUCAGAUAGACAUCUGAGCAUUAAAUCAGCUGUACAGAAGGUUUAUCCCGAAGCUACACACGAAUUAUGCAUGUUUCACCUUCUUAGCAACUUAAAGACACAUUUCAAGAAAAAUGCAAAGAAACUCAAAGAACCCUUCUUCGCAGCGGCAAAAGCAUAUACAAAGAAUGAAUUUGAUUAUCACAUGAAAGAGUUGGACAAGUUAGAUGGAAGAAUAAAGCCGUAUCUUGAAAGUCUCGGUUAUGCAAGAUGGUCAAAGUAUCACUCCUACACCAACAGAUACAAAACAAUGACAUCCAACCUAGCUGAGUCAUUAAAUGCAGCAAUCUUACAUGCAAGAGAUCUCCCUAUCACAACUCUUCUUAUGCACCUACAUGACUUUCAACAAGAAUACUCAUAUACGCAUAGGAACAUUGCCAUCAAUACAACCACAAUAUUGACAUCAUAUUAUGAAAAAAUACUUUCAUAUAAUUAUGUCAAAUCACUCAAAAUCCAGGUAAAGCCAUCUACAAAUCAGAUCUACACAGUAAUAGACAAUGGAGAAAAAUAUACAGUCAAAAUGCAAGAAAGAAAAUGCACUUGUAAAAAGUUUGAGAUUGAUGAACUACCAUGCCAACACGCUCUUGCAAUACUAAAUGAAAUGAACUUGGAUCCAUAUCAAUACUGUUCAAAGUACUACACCAAAGAAAGCAUGUUAGCAACAUACGAUGAGACUGUUUUUCCAAUAGACAAAGAUGAGGCAUGA